UUCUUUGGUACAGUUCAUCAUCGGGGGUCUGUGAACAGCGGGUGCUGUGUGGUGAACAGAUUGGAAAGCUCCAUGAGGCAAAUCUGUGAUAUUGGGCUGUACAAAUAAAUUCGCCUUGACUUAAAACCUGCUGCGUAGUUUGGAUGGUAUCUAGGUGCAGGUUGUAUUCCAGGGAAAAAUUCUUUCAGCAAUUUCAACAAGUUGUUCUCUGAGCCCCCCCGCCUGCCAUUGCUAAUCUUAAUUGUUUUUUUCGGAGGGGGGUGGAAAGGAUAAGGACUGUGACGCCUGAUGACAUCACCUCAGUCACACACGCAGUUCGAGAGCCGCGCGCUCACACGCAGGAAAUAGUUGUUGGAGCAGAGAGAGAGAGAGAGAGAGAAAGAGAAAGAAAGCAGCAGUUCUUCACAUCCUGAACACCGGCGGAGAGGAACUAUUCACCUGUGCGCUGCCAGGACGAAUUCACAAGGAUUUCCAUUCAUUUUUAGCCCAUUUUGCUUUAAAGACGAACGAGGGACACUUCAAACAAGAAUCUCUGUCGGACUCUUGACCUGUCCUGUAACCAAACAAGUUCUUAUUCUUUGAGUGAGAUUUUACUCCGAAGUUGACCUUUAUUUGAAGUUUUUUUUUCUUCUCAAAGCCCUAUUUAUUUCGGCGAUCCUUCGUUCCUGGGGUUUUAGCGGACCGUAAUCAACCAUGGCGAGACAUGACUCCCGAAUCUGGCCUGAAUGCACAAAAAUGAUAGGACUGCUCUGCUUGGUUUCGUCGAUACUUCUACAGCACGGAGCUUCAGGUCAGCGUGUAAAAGUAGACCAAGAGGUGACAUCGUAUCCUGGCCAGACAGUCAACCUGCGCUGUGCCUUCGCUGAUCCCACUGGGGUACAGCUUUCAAUGGUCACAUGGAUGUACGUGCCAGAGCCAACCCAAGACCCAGUCAACAUAGCUGUGUUUCUCCCCGGGAAUGAGCCCAGCUAUCCUAACUCACCUGUGAAAGGCAGAGUCAGCUUCGUGCCCAGUCCUCCAAAGGUGGACAGCCCUUCUAUCCAGAUUACUGAUGUUAGGAUGACUGAUGAGGGGAAGUAUGCCUGCGAAUUUGCUACCUACCCUGGCGGAAAUGUCCGUGGCACCACCCAGCUGGUCAUGCUAGCUAAACCCGAGAACUCGGCCUCCCCUGUAACAGUGGUUGCUGGCACUAAGCCAAUCACUGUGGCAAGCUGUAAGUCAGCAAAUGGCCAACCCGCUGCCGAGAUCUCCUGGGUGACUACAGCCAAUGGCAAUUACACAACGAAGCAGCAGCCGGGGACUGACAACACGUUGACGGUGAUCAGCGAGUACAUCAUGGUCCCAACGCCAAACGACAACGGGAAAGAAAUUACCUGUGUCGUAUCACACAGGACCCUGGUCAAACCAGAGAGCUUCAGGAUGAAUUUAGCAGUUCAGUUUGCUCCCCAGGUAACCAUAGAAGGUUAUGACAACAACUGGUACAUCGGCCGCACAAAUGUGGCGCUCACCUGCAAGGCUAAUGCAAACCCCCCUCCAACCACUAUCCAGUGGAAGUCGACGACAGGAGAGUUUCCACCUGCAGUGCAGGUCAGUGAAAAUGUGCUCAAGGUACAGAAUGUGGACGAGUCUGUCAACACCACUUUUUUCUGUGAGGUCAACAACCAAAUCGGGACGACCAAAGAACAGUUUGGGAUCCUGGUCAGAGAGCCCCCAAAGAACCCAUCCAAUGCUGGCGUGGUGGCGGGAGCUGUGAUUGGCUCCCUGCUGGCCCUCCUUUUGGUUGCCGCUCUCAUCGCCGUGCUCGUCACCCGUAGGCGCAGGCAGCAGCAGGGUUACCGCGCCAAUGGCGGCAGUGACAUGAAGACGCGCAUAUUCGGGGGCGGCAAGAAAGCGAGCAAGAACGGCACAAAUGGAGGUGCGGGAAACGGCGGCGGCAACAACAACGGCCCCAUCUACGUUUACAGCGAGAGCUCCCCCAUUCAGGCCCUUGGAGAGAAAAACAACCACCAGCUGAUUACCAUGGGAGGCCACCCUGAAGUGGUUAGCACCACACCCACUGCCCAAGACAUCCUGCUAAGCAACGAGUUGGACGACGCGGAGAAGAGGAAGUUUGACGAGCUUGACGAAGCAGAGAACUAUGAUCACUACAAUCCUGGUGGCCCCAUCCAUUUGCCUCGCUCAAUUCGCGAUCAGGAGAUGAUUGGAGAAUACGAUGAUGACAUGGAGUCCCAGCGUGAUGGCUCGGUCAUCUCACGGACUGCAGUUUACGUAUAGAGGAGGAGGAAUUGGAGGAAGGGGAGGAGGAGGAGGCGAAAAGGCGAGCUGGAGAAUUCCUCCUGAGGAUUUUGUGGCGGUGGGGUCUUGUCCCUGUUUGAUGGUGAAAAGAAAAUCAUACCACUUUUAUUUUUGAAAAACAAAAAAAUCAAUUUUAACUAUAGUCUAUCAUUAAUCACAGUGGACAGAAUGAAAAAGAGGGUGUGGUGGGAUGUUGUAAAAGGAUUGUUGUUGUUGUUAUGUGGUCCCUAAGAAGUAAAAAUCAAACGGAGAAAAGAACAACAUGCCUCCCACCGCUUCUGCUCGUGCUCUCGCUAUCACUGGGACCUUGCCUAUUGACUGACAGACAGGCUAAAGAGAAACAAUGUAAUGUGGGAGUAGGUUCAUGGAAAAGUGAUUACAAGCUUAGAGGAGGCAUCUCACUUGCAUAUUCGCUGUUAUCUUCACUAAAACAGUAGCCGUGGAAUAAGUUGUCAAGCAGUUACCUGAUGCCUGCAAAUCUCUUUACUUCUGUGGGAAACUUUUUGUUUUGCCAACGUGUUGAGCUGUGACACCUGGUGGGAAGUGGAGGACAGCGGUAUGAGUCAGUUUGAAAGUAUAGACAGUAACCAUCAGGUAAUUUCGAGACAGUAAAAAUGUAUUUGCUUAUGUCUGCUGGUGACUUCGCUCUGCUCUCUCUGCCUUCUUCUCAAAACAACUCUGCCAACUAUCACAGGCAGUAGACACUCUCAAUUUGAACUUAGCAAAAAAUUUAAAGAACAUGAGGUCUUUGUGUGCCGAGCAAAUAGAAAAGCAGUUAGGUUUUAACAAAGUAAGUUUGCUGAGAGUUUGAACCAAGUUCCUAACAAGGUGUUCACGAGCAAACUUUUGCACUGUGCCUGGAGGUAAGAGACGGUAAACAAGAGAUGAGGGAAUGAGGUGUAGCUGAUCUGACAGGGUCAAAGGAUGGGGAGAGGGAUUCAGGAGGCAGGAGGACUAGAAAGGAGCACGUCUCUUCUUUUCUCUUCCUCCUCAUCCUCGUCUAUUCAGAGCGCUCCUGACAGGAGGAGCUUGAUUGGUAAUGAGCCGUGAAGUCGCUCGCUUAGCCGGGACCAACAGAUUGCCACCACUUAUCGUUUAUGACGUGGCGAUUCCUCUCUCCCUCCCACCUCCAUCUCUCCAUCAUGCUUCAGUCUCUCCUCCUCUCUCUCCGCAUCCUUCUCUCCCUUUCUCUCCAGUGUUUAUGGGGAGUUUAUGAUUUAUCCAGGGCGGUGUUGAGGUCAGGGCUACCGAGAGCAAAGUAGUAUUUUACCGCUCCUGAUGUGUCAGACACCCCACUUACUCUACUCCAGCCCGGUGUGCCCUGACAUGCCAGGAGUGACUAAUCCACCUGGAGUGGCCAUGUUCACUCCACUGCACAGACACCCCAGCUGCCUCUCCCGCUUUAGUAAAUGGUGAGAUGUAACAAGAGCCCCACCUCCAGAGUGCAAUGGCAUUAGGUUAGACAGAUUUUCAAUGAGAUCAUAUAUUUCUUUCCAUUAGCCAGUGUUGUUAAAUGUAGUGAAUUGAUCGGGAGACAUAAAAGGUUGCAUCCGCAGCAAAGCUAUGGGAGUCAUAUUGACUAACAGGCAACAUGUGGCGAAAUGGCCCUUUUUAUGAUGCAGGUUCAGGGCCGAUUGUCUCCUGACUGUUAAUUUAUCCUUUUAACGAGCCACCGGAGGCCUGCUCGGGCAAAUAUUACUCCAUGGCUAUUGUACACCGCUGUCUUUGAGACUCGGUGUGUGUACAUUUGCAUGCGUCACCAUAUCUGCAUAGCCACUGGGCGACUGUGAUGGACAAUCGUAGAGAGAACCGAAGCUCCUCUAAUCAUUGCGUUCCCUGCCCUUCCUAAUCAGCUGUCCUCGGACCCACUGGGAAUCCAAUGAAAGGGGUCUCGAUGACUGUACCUGACCUCCUGUAAAGGACCUUCUAAGAAAUGGGUUGGCUUCUGCUGCAGGUCAUAAGGGCAAAUGCAGGGUGACCCAUUCCUAAGGGCAAAGAUGACUGUGCUUGCGUUUCUUAUCGUGGCUGUUUUUUUUUUUAAACCUUGAACUACAGAUGUGAGAGAGAAACACUCACCCAGUAUCUGUACAGGGCGAGGCAGACCUUGUUUGCCUUUGUGAUGGCUGUUAACCUUCAGAGAGGUGGCGAGAGAGAGAGACAGAUGACAAAAAUAGAGACGGCGCUUCGUGUUUGAGCACUGUCUAGCAUAUUGUAAGCCAGUGUGUUCAAUAGGAUUAUCGUCUAAUGGCCUUAGCUUAUACUUAAAUGCAACUCCUGCCAACCUGGGGUACAGUAAAUUUGCCGAAUGCAGCUGAUUUGUCACACUCAAUAUGAAAAUGUAUUAUUUUUACACUUGUAUGUGUCACCAAUACAAAGAAAUAUGAGUGCAACACUUAGUUGUUUUUUUUGUUUUUGUUUUUUUUUUUUUGGAAGGGGGGGUCAAAAAAAGAAUACUGACAAAGGGACAAAACUGUUGUAUGUACAUUUUGGUGUGAGCUAUCUGUGUACUAUAUACGUAAGCAUCUUUAUUUUUCUUGUGAAAAUGUGGAUAUUUAUGAAAAUGUAAAUAUCAGAUCGAUGGAGCCAGUGUUUCCGAUGUUAUGGAAGUAAAGAGGAAAGCGUUUGUGGGUCGGCUAAACCUCAGAAGGCAUUCAGAAUGUAAUUUUUAACCUAACGCAUACCUCAGUAGUUUGGGUGUUUAUAACAUACUGAACUGACUGAGUUUAAUUUAUCCAAGGGCCAAUUUGAUUUGGGGGGGGGGGAUGCAUAUGCUUGAAUUUGUUUUUUUUUUUUUUUUUUAAUCCGAGGUAACUUUAUCUGCAUUUAUAAGCACACAUUUCUUGGCAGACAAUUGGCUUCACCUUCUCCUUGACAGAAACUCUGCACAAUGCAAAAACUUACACACAAUACUCAAUUCAUCAGGUAGACCGUAACGACGCAAGCAACGGUCUGUUGAGUCAGCGCUCGGCGUGUGUGUGUGUGUGUGUGUGUGUGCAAAUCUGUGUGCCAGUGUGUUCGGCGGCUUUAGGACAUCUCUCGCUGCCAUUGGACUGUAACUUGAGUAGCCACCCUUUGUCACCAUGGAAAACUGGCAAACCGAAGAUAUUAUUGUGCAUUUCGAGAAGACUCACUCACUCGGCGCACACACACAUACUGUACGUAUACAUUCGCAGAGUGCUGAGAUGCAUUCGCCCACACACAAACACCCCUCAGUCAGUCUCAUUAUGCUCACUCCCACAGCCAAACUGUGCAGAAGACACCUUCUACCUGACAACUCUGCCAUCUCCUGACACAAGCCCACACAAAUGUGUUCGCGUAGCUGCACACACACACACGAACACACUUCGUCUUACUCUGCCUCUUCCACAGCGGCUCUGUCAGGACACAUACAGAGUUCUGUUAGUGUGGAAAGAGCUGUACCGUGAUGUGUCCCCCUGCUCCAGUGCUUUCUGCCCCCCAAAGUGUCCAGCCUGUUCCCGAAUCAGUGACUGUGUAGAACAUAAACAACUACACAUUCGGGGGAGACGCACACCUUUCACCCAGUGUCACAGACACAGGCUUUUUAGGAAAGCGAUUGUCCGUUCUGGUCUUGUUCUGCAGAGGGAAAUAUCGCUUUCAUAAAAAUGCCACUGCGCUGACCUCCUCCCCCUCCCAGAGCCCUUUGAAUGCUUUUAGAAGAGUCGCUUUUUUUUUCUUUUUUUUUUUUUUUUUAAACUUGACUCCAAAAUGUUGUCUUUUACUUCACACACACAUGCUACUGCGACCGCCUCCACAGACACACACACACACACACACACACACACACACACAAGCACAUCCCAUUGCCACCCACCUCGGUGCCCAAGUAAGGCUUGUCAGACAAAAUGCUUUUAAGAGAAAUCUGCAAACCUGGUCCAGGUCUUGCACAAGGUUAGAUAGUCAGAAUAUCCAAUAUUUUCUUUUUCCUUUUUUUUUCUUUUUCUUUUUCCUGAGAGCAACGUGCUCUUAUCGUUUCUUUGGCUCCAAACAUCUGAUGAGUAAUCAAAGCCUUAACAUCUCCCAUCUCACAUGCAUUAAGUAAAAAAUGAAGAAAAAAAGAAAAAAAAGAGAAGCUUCCGGUGUACAUAGUAUAAAUAUAUAAAUAUGUAGCAGAAAAAAGAAUUACUAAUUUAUGGUGUCAUGUUUGUGUAUUACUCAGUGACAGCACGCAUGAAGGAUUUAUUUUCUCCUGUUUACCGCUUCUCCUCUCUUCUGUUAUUUUUGCAGUGCUUUAUAAUUUAUGUUUUAUGAGUGCUUUAUUCUUGACUGCUGCGCUGUGAUUGCUGCCAAAACUGGCAAAUGUGCUUCUUCUAUACAAGUGAAACUGUAUACAAACACACAACAAAACAGUCUUACCCAAAAUGUGCUUUUUAUUAUUGACUGCUUUGUGUAAAGUUGUUCUUUUUUUCUUUUCUUUUUUUGUAUUUUUUUUUUUUAUUUGAGUUUUAUUUUGGUCUUAAAAAGAAGUAAAAAUACAGAUUAGAGUUGGUAUUGCCAUUUUUGUCAUGUCUUUCUAGAUUAUUUUUCCGUAUUCAGUUACUAUUAAAGAUUUCUUGAUUUUUGAAA